AUGCCUCUCCCAGUCGCUGAGAUAGCCAAGAUUGUUGCAAGCGAUGCUUAUCGCGCCGAUUACACUGUUAUCAACGAGGUCUUCGAAAUCCUUACGGAGACUCCCGGUUUCGUUGGCAUCUGGCACGGCCUUACGGUCCAAGAGCCCCAAUAUCUCUACGUUGUAAUCCUUUGGGAGACCGUCGAACAUCAUCGCGCGCUGAUGGAGGACCAAGUUGUCUACCCCGCCUUCAACGAGAAGAUGCGCAAAGUUUCGAAUGGCAGAGUCUGGAAGUAUCACGUCCACUUCAACAACGACACGGACAAGGCGCUGAGCGCUCCCGUCACCGAAUUUGCACUGACGACAGCGGAGGACUCGACCGAAGUAGCCGGACAUCUGGAGACAGCAGAUAUAUCCUUUCCACUGCUUUAUAAGACCCUUCCGGACGAAAUAUUUGAAAGUGGCUGGGGCCCUACCGUCGAGAGCGACAGAAAGUUCAUGAUUUGUCUCGGAUGGCACAGCCUCGAGCUCACCGCACAAAUGUUCCAGCUUCCCGAAGUGGAUGCGAUGCACGCGAAGCUGACCAAGUGUUAAAGUAUUGCAGUAUAUCAUGCCUCAAGACAGAACAUGCAAACUGUUUUUGAGCGUUCGCAGUCACCGCGCCAUAUCUUAGAGGCGGUUCAACCCCCCCCCCCCCACGGGAGCUCCCAAGCAGCGGUAAUCGACGAGCGUGCCAGAGCUCAGGCUGACAAGAACGUAGGCGAUGCCAUACCUGAGCUGAUUCAACAUCUUGUGUCACUCACAACGCCGCUGUGGGCACAGUGAAGUUAGA